UAAAGGAGAUAAAUGGACUCAAGUACCUUCGAGUAUGCUUUAAGAUUACCAAAUUCUUUAUUCAAAACGAAUAGAGAGAAAUUCUUUGCUGCCUUCAAACAGAAGGUGACAGAGCAUGAAAAGGCCCUGAUUGUCUUUAAAGGAAAAGAUGAUCUCCCAGUAGAUGAUACAGAUAUUGAUUACUCUGUCAGACAAGAGAGUUUCUUCUAUUACCUCUUUGGAGUCCAAGAGACUGGAUGCUCGGCAGCUAUCGACAUUACUGAAGAGAAAGUAAUCCUGUUCUACCCCAGAUUUGAUGAGAUUUAUAAACUAUGGAUGAAGGUCUUGUCUCUUGAAGAUGUCCAAGAGCUGUAUCCUGACUUUGAAGUACAUUUUGUAGACGAGAUGGAAGAAUAUGUUAAAGAUUUUUCUCCAUCCCAGAUCUUUAUCAAUAAAGGAGUCAACUCAGACUCAGGGGCUGAAACUAUUUUGCCAAAGUUCAAGUGGCUGGAGGAACACAAGGUAGAAACUGAGCUACUACAUCCAAUUCUUUCUGAAUGUAGAGUUACUAAAAACCCAGAGGAAAUUACAAUCUUAGAAAUUGCUAACAAGAUAUCUUCUGAAGCUCAUUGCUGGACAAUGAAGCACUGUAAACCUGGAGUUAGAGAGAGCUACCUCGAAUCAAAAUUUAAGGCCUAUUGCAUGGAGAAUUACAACUGCAAAAUUGUUCCUUAUGUCUCUAUCUGAGCUUGUGGGCCAAACCCUUCAACCCUCCACUAUGUUGUUAACUCGGAUAUCCUUCCAGAUAAUACAAUGUGCUUGAUUGAUAUGGGGCACCAAGUCCAUUGCUAUGGAGCUGAUAUCACUUGUUGUUACCCUACUAAUGGUAAAUUCACAGAAAAACAAGCUGCUAUCCACAAUUUAGUUGUCAAAGCCAACAGAACUGUACAGAACAUUAUGAAGCCAGGAGUCAACUGGCGUGACAUGCAUCUCCUUGCUGAAAAAAUUACUCUAGAGGGUUUGAAAGAGCUAGGAAUUAUUAAAGAAGAUGUUGACAUUGAAGAAGCUCUAAAUGAAAGAGUAGGUUUUGUAUUCCAACCCCAUGGCUUAGGCCAUCUGAUUGGAUUAGACACACAUGAUGUAGGGGGAUAUCUUCCUAAUACUCCAACAAGAAGCACAAAGUGGGGGCUUAAAAAUCUUAGAACAGCGAGAGAUCUUGAGGAAAACAUGGUUAUCACUGUCGAACCAGGAUGCUAUUUUAUCCCAAGUCUCAUUCAAGAAAGAGCUGUUGACCUUGGCAUUGAUAUUGACAAAUACGUCAAUUUGGACCUGGCAUUAGAAUACAGAAAGGAAGUAGCAGGAGUCAGAAUUGAGGACUGUGUGCUAAUUACAGAAGAUGGAGUUAAAAAUCUUACUCAAGUUCCAAGAACUAUCGAGCAGAUUGAAGCCUGCAUGAGGGGAGAUGACUGGACAGAGCUACCAGAUUUUGAAAUAUAGAAUGGGCAUAAGAUAGGAUUCAAUCAAAAUUUUAUUAAUAG